AUGCUCAAAAUCCCGGCAAUCACUGGUACGAGCUACGCGAUUGUCUAUAGCGCGACUUGCCAGACUGACCUCGUUCGAGCAGUAGCAAAACCAGUAUCCAUUGUCCAAGCGCAUCUUCUUCCAACAAUCUUCUGUUUUCUACGAUUUGCAACUCAAUGUCGUGCCUCACCUGCAGCAAUUGCGGAUUCGUCAAUUCCCUUUCCUUCAAGCCACAGUCAACUCAAAGCCAUCCAGAAUUCAGAUAGCCUCAUUUAUCAAGUUCUACGUGGGUCACGGCCAUUACUUGACGUUGAGUACGUCUCAACGAAGGACGAAAUCGCGAAGCUAGAACGACUACAGUCUUGGUAUGAUGCCCAGUUUCGGGACAUCCAAUUACACCGGUCUACAGUCUUGAAAGCCCUGGAAAAUCGCAAGUCGAUCUAUGCCCCCAUCCGCCGUCUCCCCCGAGAUCUUCUCAUUGAAGUUUUCCAUUCUGUUUGCGACACUUGGUGGCAGGGUGCAGAUGAGGAUGAACUUCGUGACAGCCUAGACCUAUCCGGACCUCUUUGGGCUUUAAGCCGUGUCUGUGGACUUUGGAGAGAUACAUUGCACACCUCACCAGCGUCUUGGGCUCGGUGUGUCGCGGUGAAGACCCCUUUCUCCAAGCACGCUCCCAAGAUACUGCAGACCUGCCUCGAGCACACAGGCGAACAUCCACUCACCCUUCAGGCACUCUGUGACAGUGAUAUGCCGACAGAGGCUGGCGAAAUCAUCUCCCUACUUGCUCAAACCUGCUAUCGCUGGAAGAAUGUGUACAUUUGCACCUCUACACACCACCUGGAAUCUAUAUCUCCGCAUCUUCCCAUCCUGCAGGUGAUACAAAUAGAUAUCACGGAUGACGACCACAAUAAAUGUCGCUGGGACAUAUGCUUGAAUGCCCCACGGCUAUGGCAAGCAACCCUUUUCAGCCAAGGGAUAUCUCAAGUGAGGUUACCACCCGGGAUAACUCAUUAUCCCUGAAGUAUAGGCUGCGUGGAAGAUUUACGACUCCUUUCCCAGCUUCCCAAGCUUAGAACCUGUCACCUCGAUGCCAGUCAAUCGGUGCCAGCUUCCGAAAUUGGAGUACCGGUGGUUAUGGCGGAGCUCUGUGAGCUUCACGUAGAGGAUCCAAAUUUCCUGAACUUGCUAACGGCACCGGUACUCCAGAGCCUGACCAUUUG